AUGCCGAAAAAGGAAAUCAACGUUAUCGAUUUCACCCCUCCGCAUCGUAUCGUGCAGAAAUCAGUAUCUCAACAUCGAAUCAUAAUCGAAAGACUUACCUGUACCAUGGCACCUCAGGAUGAGCGUUGCUGCGGUAUCGAUCGCACAAGGAAGAUAGUAGCCGAGAGGAGGGAGGCAGAGAAGGAGAGGCAGAGGGAGGCGAAGAAAAUGAGGAAACAGGAGAUGGAGAAAAAACGGGAGAGGGAGAGGGUAGAGGACUCGGGGAGAAGGGGCGAUCAGAUUGAAGUCACCCCCCCAACCAACACAAUCGACCGCAUUCAAGCUAAUGAACAGUCACCCUGUCUCUCAAAGCAAAGUGCUGGUUCUGAAGUCGAUAGAUAG